AAUAAUUGAGGAGCUGUUCAGCAGCCGCUGCUGCCUCCUGCCUUCCUUUGCCGCCACCACCACUUCCCAUCCCAGCUAGAGAGACAGCUCCGCGCUGGAAGUGCGUUCGGCCAGUUACCAACCUCGGCAGUCAGCCCGUCGCCUCCAGCCCCCACCCUGACAUUCAUGCCCAGGAGAAGGCUGCACUGGGUCCCUCUGGACCUUUCCUAAAAGGGAGAUCCCUGUUCACUAGAUGAGUUCCAGAACCAUCCACUAAGGCUUUGUAGCCCCCUUCCAUCAGCUGACCUUCACUGCAUCCCCUAUCGCUCAAGAUGAGUGGCUUCCUCACCUCACUGGACCCCCGGCGGGUGCAGUGGGGGGCUGCCUGGUAUGCAAUGCACUCCAGGAUCCUACGCACCAAACCAGUGGAGUCCAUGCUAGAGGGAACUGGGGCCACCACAGCACAUGGAACUAAGCUAGCCCAGGUGCUCACCACAGUGGACCUCAUCUCUCUUGGCGUUGGCAGCUGUGUGGGCACUGGCAUGUAUGUGGUCUCUGGCCUGGUGGCCAAGGAAAUGGCAGGACCUGGUGUCAUUGUGUCCUUCAUCAUUGCAGCUGUCGCAUCCAUAUUAUCAGGCGUCUGCUAUGCAGAGUUUGGAGUUCGAGUCCCCAAGACCACAGGAUCUGCCUACACCUACAGCUAUGUCACUGUCGGGGAAUUUGUGGCAUUUUUCAUUGGCUGGAACCUGAUCCUGGAGUACCUGAUUGGUACUGCGGCCGGAGCCAGUGCUCUGAGCAGCAUGUUUGACUCACUGGCCAACCACACCAUCAGUCGCUGGAUGGCAGACAGCGUGGGAACCCUCAAUGGCCUGGGGAAAGGUGAAGAAUCAUACCCAGACCUUCUGGCUCUGUUGAUCGCAGUCAUCGUGACCAUCAUUGUUGCCCUGGGGGUGAAAAAUUCCGUAGGCUUCAACAAUGUUCUCAAUGUGCUGAACCUGGCAGUGUGGGUGUUCAUCAUGAUCGCAGGCCUCUUCUUCAUCAAUGGGAAAUACUGGGCGGAGGGCCAGUUCUUGCCCCACGGCUGGUCAGGGGUGCUGCAAGGAGCAGCAACAUGCUUCUACGCUUUCAUUGGCUUUGACAUCAUCGCCACCACUGGAGAGGAAGCCAAGAAUCCCAACACAUCCAUCCCUUAUGCUAUCACCGCCUCCCUGGUCAUCUGCCUGACAGCGUAUGUGUCUGUGAGCAUGAUCUUGACUCUGAUGGUGCCAUAUUACGCCAUUGACACGGAAUCCCCACUCAUGGAGAUGUUUGUGGCUCAUGGAUUCUAUGCUGCAAAAUUCGUAGUGGCCAUUGGGUCAGUUGCAGGACUGACAGUCAGUUUGCUGGGGUCCCUCUUCCCGAUGCCGAGGGUCAUUUAUGCCAUGGCUGGUGAUGGGCUCCUUUUCAGGUUCCUGGCUCAUGUCAGCUCCUACACAGAGACGCCAGUUGUGGCCUGCAUCGUGUCAGGGUUCCUGGCGGCGCUCCUCGCACUGUUGGUCAGCUUGAGAGACCUGAUAGAGAUGAUGUCUAUUGGCACGCUCCUGGCCUACACUUUGGUCUCUGUUUGUGUCUUGCUCCUUCGAUACCAACCUGAGAGUGACAUUGAUGGUUUUGUCAAGUUCUUGUCUGAGGAGCACACCAAGAAGAAGGAGGGCAUUCUGGCUGACUGUGAGAAGGAAGCUUGUUCUCCUGUGAGUGAAGGGGAUGAGUUUUCUGGCCCAGCCACCAACACAUGUGGGGCCAAGAACUUACCAUCCUUGGGAGACAAUGAGAUGCUCAUAGGGAAAUCAGACAAGUCAACCUACAACGUCAACCACCCCAAUUACGGCACCGUGGACAUGACCACAGGCAUAGAAGCUGAUGAAUCUGAAAAUAUUUAUCUUAUCAAGUUAAAGAAGCUGAUCGGGCCUCAUUAUUAUACCUUGAGAAUCCGGCUGGGCCUUCCAGGCAAAAUGGACCGGCCCACAGCAGCAACGGGGCACACGGUGACCAUCUGCGUGCUCCUGCUCUUCAUCCUCAUGUUCAUCUUCUGCUCCUUCAUCAUCUUUGGUUCUGACUACAUCUCAGAGCAGAGCUGGUGGGCCAUCCUUCUGGUUGUUCUGAUGGUGCUGCUGAUCAGCACCCUGGUGUUUGUGAUCCUGCAGCAGCCAGAGAACCCCAAGAAGCUGCCCUACAUGGCCCCUUGCCUCCCCUUUGUGCCUGCCUUUGCCAUGCUGGUGAACAUCUAUCUUAUGCUAAAGCUCUCCACCAUCACAUGGAUCCGGUUUGCGGUCUGGUGCUUUGUGGGUCUGCUCAUUUAUUUUGGAUAUGGCAUCUGGAACAGCACCCUGGAAAUCAGCGCUCGAGAAGAGGCCCUGCACCAAAGCACGUACCAACGCUACGACGUGGAUGACCCCUUCUCAGUGGAGGAGGGUUUCUCCUACGCCACGGAGGGUGAGAGCCAAGAGGACUGGGGCGGGCCCACCGAAGACAAAGGCUUCUAUUACCAACAGAUGUCAGAUGCGAAGGCAAACGCCCGGACAAGUAGCAAAGCGAAGAGCAAAAGCAAACACAAACAGAACUCAGAGGCCCUGAUUGCAAAUGAUGAGUUAGAUUACUCUCCAGAGUAGGAGAAACACACAAGUGGGUAGAAAUGGUGAUGAUUGAUUUUCAGUAACUUAACCUGUGGGCUAGAAGGUGAAAACUUUUUUGGCUCUCAUUUCACAAAUCCAGCCUUCCCCAGAUUCAAUCCCUAGUCAUAGCCUGUCAUUUGCUACUUUUGCUCUUCAGGAUAGUUCUGUUGAAGGGCUUAACCUGGGUCCCCUAACUGGUAGCCUUGUUAAAAUAAAUAAAUAAAUAAACAAGAGGCUAUCUGAAAUUCCAUCUUAGGUACAACCAUCAGGGCUGAUGGU